AUGCUCAAACGGAAACAAAGCUCACGUGUGGAAGCUCAGCCUGUUACAGACUUUGGCCCUGAUGAAUCUUUGUCAGACAAUGCAGAUAUCCUGUGGAUUAACAAACCAUGGGUUCAUUCUUUGCUACGCAUCUGCGCCAUCAUCAGUGUCAUUUCUGUUUGUAUGAACACCCCAAAGACCUUUGAGCAUUAUCCACCUCUUCAAUAUUUGACAUUUGCUCUAGAUACUUUAUUGAUGUUUCUCUACACUGCAGAGAUGAUAGCAAAAAUGCAUAUCCGUGGGAUAGUCAAGGGGGAUAGCUCCUAUGUAAAGGAUCGUUGGUGUGUGUUUGAUGGAUUCAUGGUUUUUUGUCUUUGGGUGUCAUUGGUGUUACAGGUGUUUGAAAUCGCUGAGAUAGUUGAUCAGAUGUCACCCUGGGGUAUGCUGCGGAUUCCAAGACCUCUUAUUAUGAUUCGAGCAUUCCGGAUAUAUUUUCGCUUUGAGCUUCCAAGAACCAGGAUAACAAAUAUUUUAAAGCGUUCCGGAGAGCAGAUUUGGAGUGUUUCAAUUUUCCUUCUAUUCUUUCUGCUUCUAUACGGAAUUCUAGGAGUUCAGAUGUUUGGAACUUUUACCUAUCAUUGUGUAACAAAUGACACCCAGCCAGGAAAUGUAACCUGGAAUAAUUUAGCUAUCCCAGAUACCCACUGUUCCAGAGAGCUAGAAGAAGGUUACCAGUGUCCAGCAGGAUUUAAGUGCAUGGACCUUGAAGAUCUGGGACUAAGCAGGCAAGAGCUGGGCUACAGUGGCUUUAAUGAGAUAGGCACAAGCAUAUUUACCGUUUAUGAAGCUGCUUCUCAAGAAGGCUGGGUGUUCCUUAUGUAUAGAGCAAUUGACAGUUUUCCCCGAUGGCGUUCAUACUUCUAUUUCAUCACCUUAAUUUUCUUUCUUGCCUGGCUUGUUAAGAACGUGUUCAUUGCUGUCAUCAUUGAAACAUUUGCUGAAAUAAGAGUGCAAUUCCAGCAGAUGUGGGGGUCCAGAAGCAGUACUACCUCAACAGCUACUACCCAGAUGUUUCAUGAAGAUGCUGCUGGAGGAUGGCAGCUAGUGGCUGUUGAUAUGAAUAAACCCCAGGGCAGAGCUCCAGCAUGUCUACAGAAAAUGAUGAGGUCAUCAAUAUUUCAUAUGUUCAUACUGAGCAUGGUGGCAGUAGAUGUCAUUGUCGCUGCUAGUAAUUACUACAAAGGAGAGACUUUCAAAAGACAGCAUGAUGAAUUUUACCUAGCUGAGGUUGCUUUUACAGUUCUCUUUGACUUAGAAGCUCUUCUGAAGAUCUGGUGCUUGGGCUUUACUGGAUAUAUCAGCUCAUCUCUUCACAAAUUUGAACUGCUGCUUGUAAUUGGUACUACUCUUCAUAUUUAUCCAGACCUCUACCAUUCCCAGUUUACAUAUUUUCAGGUGCUUAGGGUAGUUCGACUUAUAAAGAUUUCUCCUGCUUUGGAGGAUUUUGUGUAUAAGAUAUUUGGACCUGGAAAAAAACUUGGGAGCUUGGUUGUAUUCACUGCCAGCCUUUUAAUUGUAAUGUCAGCAAUUAGUUUACAGAUGUUCUGCUUUGUGGAAGAACUGGACAGAUUUACAACUUUUCCAAGGGCAUUCAUGUCAAUGUUCCAGAUCCUUACACAGGAAGGAUGGGUGGAUGUCAUGGAUCAGACUCUUAAUGCUGUAGGACAUAUGUGGGCACCUGUAGUUGCUAUUUACUUUAUACUUUAUCAUCUUUUUGCUACACUGAUUUUGCUCAGCUUGUUUGUUGCUGUUAUUUUGGACAACUUGGAACUUGAUGAAGAUCUAAAGAAGCUUAAGCAACUAAAGCAAAGUGAAGCCAAUGCUGACACUAAGGAAAAGCUUCCACUGCGUCUACGUAUAUUUGAAAAAUUUCCUAACAGGCCACAAAUGGUGAAAAUCUCCAAGCUUCCUUCAGAUUUUACAGUUCCAAAAAUAAGGGAAAGUUUUAUGAAGCAGUUUAUUGAUCGUCAGCAGCAGGAUACAAGCUGCUUAUUGCGAAGACUCCCUUCGGCAUCUUCUUCCUCAUGUGACCACUCCAAAAGAUCUGCAAUUGAAGAAAACAAGUAUAUUGACCAAAAGCUCCGUAAAUCUGUUUUCAGCAUCAGGGCAAGAAAUCUUCUGGAAAAGGAGACAGCAAUCAAUAAAAUCCUUAGGGCCUGCACUAGACAACGCAUGCUGAGUGGAUCCUUUGAGGGGCAACCUGCAAAGGAAAGGUCAAUACUUAGUGUCCAGCAUCAUAUACGGCAAGAGCGCAGGUCACUAAGACAUGGUUCCAACAGCCAGCGAAUCAGCAGGGGAAAAUCUCUUGAAACCUUGACUCAAGAUCAUUCUAAUACAGUGAGAUACAGAAACGCACAGAGAGAAGACAGUGAGAUCAAGAUGAUCCAGGAAAAAAAAGAACAAGCUGAAAUGAAAAGGAAAGUCCAAGAGGAGGAGUUGCGAGAGAAUCAUCCAUAUUUUGAUAAGCCACUUUUCAUAGUUGGUCGAGAACACAGAUUCAGGAACUUUUGUCGAGUGGUUGUGCGAGCUCGCUUUAACGCUUCUAAAACAGAUCCUGUUACCGGAGCUGUGAAAAAUACCAAAUACCAUCAACUCUACGAUUUGCUGGGAUUGGUUACUUACCUGGACUGGGUUAUGAUCAUUGUUACUAUAUGCUCCUGCAUUUCUAUGAUGUUUGAAUCCCCCUUUAGAAGAGUUAUGCGUGCUCCAACACUCCAGAUUGCUGAAUAUGUUUUUGUAAUAUUCAUGAGCAUUGAGCUUAAUCUGAAGAUUAUGGCAGAUGGCUUGUUUUUUACACCAACAGCUGUCAUAAGGGACUUUGGAGGAGUCAUGGAUAUAUUUAUAUAUCUUGUAAGUUUGAUAUUCCUUUGCUGGAUGCCUCAGAAUGUUCCUGCUAAAUCUGGAGCUCAGCUCUUAAUGAUACUACGAUGUCUCCGACCCCUUCGCAUUUUCAAACUGGUGCCGCAAAUGAGGAAAGUUGUACGAGAGCUGUUUAGUGGCUUCAAGGAAAUCUUCUUGGUGUCCAUUCUUUUGCUGACAUUAAUGCUUGUUUUUGCAAGCUUUGGAGUUCAGCUUUUUGCUGGGAAACUGGCCAAGUGCAAUGAUCCACACAUCAUUGCAAGGGAAGAUUGUCAUGGCAUCUUCAGAAUAAAUGUAAGUGUUUCAAAAAAUCUGAAUUUAAAGCUAAGACCUGGAGAGAAAAAGCCUGGAUUUUGGGUGCCAAGAGUCUGGGCAAAUCCUCGCAAUUUUAAUUUUGACAAUGUGGGAAAUGCCAUGUUGGCACUAUUUGAAGUUCUUUCAUUAAAAGGCUGGGUGGAAGUCAGAGAUGUCAUUAUUCAUCGCGUGGGGCCGAUCCAUGGAAUCUAUAUUCAUGUCUUUGUGUUCCUGGGCUGCAUGAUUGGAUUGACCCUUUUUGUUGGAGUUGUCAUUGCUAAUUUCAAUGAAAAUAAGGGUACAGCUUUACUGACUGUAGAUCAGAGACGGUGGGAAGAUCUAAAGAGCAGACUGAAGAUAGCUCAACCUCUUCAUCUCCCACCUCGUCCGGAUAACGAUGGCUUUAGAGCCAAAAUGUAUGAUAUAACGCAGCAUCCGUUUUUUAAGAGGACUAUUGCUGUGCUUGUUCUGGCCCAGUCUGUCUUGCUUUCAGUGAAGUGGGAUGUCGAAGAUCCAGUGACUGUUCCUUUAGCAACAAUGUCUGUUGUUUUCACCUUCAUUUUUGUCCUAGAGGUCACUAUGAAGAUUAUUGCCAUGUCACCUGCUGGCUUCUGGCAAAGCAGAAGAAAUCGAUAUGACCUUUUGGUGACCUCCCUUGGUGUUAUAUGGGUGAUACUUCACUUUGCCUUACUAAAUGCAUACACAUAUAUGAUGGGUGCAUGUGUAAUUGUCUUCAGGUUCUUCUCAAUUUGUGGGAAACAUGUGACGCUGAAAAUGCUGCUGCUGACUGUGGUUGUCAGCAUGUAUAAGAGUUUCUUCAUCAUUGUGGGAAUGUUCUUACUGCUUCUUUGUUAUGCUUUUGCUGGAGUAGUUUUAUUUGGCACAGUGAAAUAUGGAGAGAACAUUAACAGGCAUGCAAACUUUUCAUCAGCUGGCAAGGCCAUUACUGUACUCUUCAGAAUAGUUACUGGGGAAGACUGGAACAAGAUUAUGCAUGACUGCAUGGUUCAGCCUCCUUUUUGUACUCCAGAUAACAGCACAUACUGGAGGACAGAUUGUGGAAAUUAUGCUGGUGCUCUGAUGUAUUUCUGUUCCUUUUAUAUCAUCAUUGCAUACAUAAUGCUAAAUUUGCUUGUAGCGAUCAUUGUGGAGAAUUUCUCAUUGUUUUACUCCACCGAAGAAGACCAACUUUUAAGCUAUAAUGAUCUUAGACAUUUUCAAAUUAUAUGGAACAUGGUUGAUGACAAAAGAGAGGGGGUAAUCCCUACCUUCCGUGUGAAGUUUCUGCUGAGGUUGCUGCGUGGGAGGUUGGAGGUAGAUCUUGACAAAGACAAACUUUUGUUCAAGCACAUGUGCUAUGAAAUGGAGAGGCUGCAUAAUGGUGGAGAUGUCACGUUCCAUGACGUAUUGAGCAUGCUGUCAUACAGGUCUGUUGAUAUCAGGAAAAGCCUUCAACUGGAAGAGCUUCUUGCCAGGGAACAACUGGAGUAUACAAUAGAAGAAGAAGUGGCCAAACAAACCAUACGCAUGUGGCUGAAGAAAUGUUUAAAGCGUAUCCGAGCAAAACAGCAGCAGUCAUGUAGCAUUAUCCAUAGUCUACGAGAGAGUCAACAGCAGGAGUUGAGCCGAUUUCUGAAUCCGCCCAGCAUUGAGACAACACAGCCAAGUGAAGAUAUGAAUACUAAUAAUCAAGAUAACAAUGCACAGCCAGAGACGAGUAGCCAGCAGCAGCUCCUUAGUCCAACGCUUUCUGACAGGGGCGGGUAUCGGCAGGACUCUACAGAUGGUGGGAAGCCUCAACGGAAAUUCGGACAAUGGCGUUUACCUUCAGCCCCCAAACCAAUAAGCCAUUCAGUGUCUUCAGUCAAUCUGCGGUUUGGUGGUCGCACAACUAUGAAAUCUGUUGUAUGCAAGAUGAAUCCUAUGUCAGAUGCUGCUUCUUGUGGAUCAGAAGUGAAGAAAUGGUGGACAAGACAACUAACUGUGGAAAGCGAUGAGAGUGGGGAGGAUCUUCUUGACAUCUGA